GCGACUCAAGUCCUCCAGGUCGCCACGCAACAAUGAAGCGUGGGCGGCCCCAGCGGCUUCAUUUGCAUACCGCCACGGCUCGGCCAAUGGGCUGCGCCGGGGCUUUAGAACGCAGUGUUGCCAUCUGCGUGCGCGCGUGUGUGCCAGUGUGACAGCGCCGUGGUCGUGGCCGAGGGAGGCGGGCCCGGCGGAGCCUAGGCGCGCGGGGACCUCCCGAGGUGCCCGCUCCGCUCAGCGUGUCCCGGCCGCGUGGCCCGGCGGAGCACGGAGACCACCCCGCUCCAGCCGGGCGCUGUCGCGAUGUCGGUGGCGGGGCUCAAGAAGCAGUUCCACAAAGCCAGCCAGCUGUUUAGUGAAAAAAUAAGUGGUGCUGAAGGAACAAAACUGGAUGAUGAAUUUCUGGACAUGGAAAGGAAAAUAGAUGUCACCAAUAAAGCUGUUGCAGAAAUUCUUUCAAAAGCCACAGAGUAUCUCCAGCCCAAUCCAGCAUACAGAGCUAAACUAGGAAUGUUGAAUACUGUGUCGAAGAUCCGAGGGCAGGUGAAGACCACUGGCUACCCACAGACAGAAGGCUUGCUGGGGGACUGCAUGCUGAAAUACGGGAGGGAGCUUGGCGAAGACUCUACUUUCGGCAAUGCUUUAAUAGAAGUUGGGGAGUCCUUGAAACUUAUGGCUGAGGUCAAAGACUGUCUGGAUAUUAAUGUGAAGCAAACUUUUAUUGACCCACUGCAGCUACUGCAGGACAAAGAUUUAAAAGAGAUUGGGCACCACCUGAGAAAGCUGGAAGGCCGUCGCCUGGAUUAUGAUUAUAAAAAAAAGCGAGUAGGCAAGAUACCAGAUGAAGAAAUCAGACAAGCAGUAGAAAAAUUUGAAGAGUCAAAGGAGUUGGCUGAACGAAGCAUGUUCAAUUUUUUAGAAAAUGAUGUAGAGCAAGUUGGCCAACUGGCUGUGUUUAUAGAGGCAGCGUUAGACUAUCACAGGCAGUCCACAGAGAUCCUGCAGGAGCUGCAGAACAAGCUACAGGUGAGAAUAUCAUUUGCAUCCAGCAUCCCUAAGCGAGAUUACAAGCCGAGGCCCGUGAACAGGAGUUCCAGUGAGCUCAACGGGGUUUCCACCAGUUCUACAGCAAAGACAACAGGUUCUAACGCUCCUGUGGACCAGCCCUGCUGCCGUGGUCUCUAUGACUUUGAGCCAGAAAACCAAGGAGAAUUAGGAUUUAAAGAAGGGGACAUCAUUACAUUAACCAAUCAAAUAGAUGAAAACUGGUAUGAAGGAAUGCUACGUGGGGAAUCUGGCUUCUUCCCCAUUAAUUAUGUGGAAGUCAUUGUGCCUUUACCUCAAUAAAUGUGUUCUUGGACAUAAUUUCGUAACUGAAAUGAAUUUGCACCAGUGUUCUCUGUGUGGUAUUCUGUCACAUCUUUGCUCUUUGACCAAGUUAAUGACUUUUGUAUGCGUUCUCUUUAUAAUGUAUUUUGUAUCAAUUUAAUUUGUAUGAAUGAUUUCCUUGUCUAACUCAUGAAGAUAGUUUUCUUCUUCUUGUCUUAAAAAGUCAUUGGUUAAAUAUAUGUCCUUCCUGUUGCUAAAAAAUAUAAAUCACUCCCAUUGCAGGUAUGUGAACGAAUUCUUAUGUAGUCCUCAGCUGCAGUGGAAUGCAAUGUUUGCAACUAAGAAAGCUAAAUAUUUUGGUUUUUGACAUUACUGAUGGCAUCUGGUCUUUUCCUGACCUUGUAUUUUAAGCUUACCUGUGAAUAGCCCAAUAAACGUGACAUACGGUGUUCGCAAA